ACGAUGGACGCCCCCCUCGUCCUGCUUCUUCUUCUCCUGCAGGUCUCCAUGACAGAUGCAGCUCUCAAAGUUUGGACACCACAAGCUCAUCAAGUGAGUCACUCAUCUGCAGAUGUUCUACUGCAGUGUCACUUCACUGUGAUGCCCGGUCCCAUUGAUCCAAACAGGCUGAAGGUCACCUGGACACAACAUGGACUGACCAUAGCCAACUACAUUCAAGGCCAGGUGAUCAGGCGACCGGACGUGGUCCUGAGUAGGGAGACAGUAAAGAGUGGAAAUGCAUCCCUGAACAUCAUGAAUGUCACGUUUCAGGAUAACGGCUGGAAGAGAUGUGAAGUGGAAUAUGGCGGAGACAAAGGACAGGCGGACAUCUAUCUGUCUGUCAGAGUUACUCCUCAGGUGUUCUUGUUGCACAGCUCAGAACCUCAGAGCUCUCAGGCCAAGCUGACUUGUCUCGCCACGGGCUUCUACCCACCAGACAUCACCUUAACGUUAAAGUGGAAGGACGAGACGUUAAAGACAGAGAGGUUGACAAGUCCAUCCAAGUGGCUUCUAGAUGAUGGGACCUUCGGUGCAAGGACGGUGUCCACCUUAGAUGUGACUGUCAUGAGGGGCAGUAGAGAGCCGUUCAUCUGUGAAGUGACACAUUCAUCGGUGGAUGAGCCCAUCAGGAAAUACCUCCUAAAGCCAGCCGUUCCUCAUGUUACCUUGACGUUGGACUCAGACCUUCAGAGCUCUCAAGCUAACCUGACUUGUGAUGCCUUAAAAGUCUACCCGGUUGACAUCACCUUCACUUUCAAGAGGAAGGAUGAGACGUUAAAGACAGAGAGGGUGGCUAUGGAUGAAAGUCUCUUCAUGUGGCCUUUAGGCGAAGGGAUCUUCAGAGCAAAGAGCGUCUACGAGAUCGACGUGACCGCCGUCCAGGACAAUGGAGAGCCAUUCAUUUGUGAAGUGACCCAUUCAUCAGUGAAUCAGCCAAUUGGGACAACCCUCAGGAAGCCAGUGCCUCCAGUGGUCUCAUUGCAGGGCGCUGCAGUGCUGCAAAAAGACAGUCAGGUGGUCUGUCGGGCUGAGGGCUUCAGCCAACCAUCAGUGGUCUUCAAAUGGAGAAAAGGCGAGGAGAUCAUGAAGACAGACAGCCCACAAGCAUCACGGACACCUGACGGCACCCCCUUUGCGGAGAGUUGGUAUCAGUUCAUGCCACACAGUCGAGAGCCGCUGUCCUGUGAGGUGUGGCAUGUGACCGGUGUGUCCGAGAGGAAAUACGCCACAUACAGCGGCCUGACCCAGGAGGAGGUCAUUCGUGUAGCCGUAACCGUCAUCAUCAUCAUCUUCCUCAGCCUCUUCAUUCUCUGGUGGUCCUCAGUUGGUCUUUUUCCACUCAUCCCAGUGAUGGACGUUGACGGUGUACCCCGGGCCCUGCAGUGCACCCUCACAGGCUGGCGUCUCCAACUGGUCACUGUGGAGUGGUUUAAAAAUAACCAGCAGAUCUGUGUGGACAAGGAGCUUACAAAACUAGAGGAAGGUGGUGAGGAGGCCCUCAAAGACCCAUCUGAAUACUCCGUGGAGCGACUCCCAGUUAAGGACCUCUGCUGUCUGGAUGGGAAUGUCCUCAGACUGGAGAUGAAGACCACAACAGAGGCCAAGUUCAAGUGCCGGGCCACCCACAAACUGACCAGGAGGAGCCUGGAGUGCAGCCUGGAGAUAUGAGAAGAGGACGGAUGGACGACACCACACUUGAGCUCACAGGACAACAGAAAGUGAUCUGAAAUACCCUGAACUGGCCACUCGUGGGCACAGAGUGGUCACCACUGUCCGACCAGAGGCAAUCGGGACAUCUGAGUCUUUAGCCUGCCUGUUCUCCAAGUACAUGUGAAAGGCGCUAUAUGUGACUGUCAACAAUUAUAUCUACAGCACUGACCAAUGACCGUCAUGCAGUCUGGGCGUGGACUGUGACCCUCACUAUCUCUAGCCUGCCGACCACUGUAGAGGCCCAGGGCAUCAGUGACCAACACCUGAGUAAAUGUCAACGUGUGAUGACACUGAGUGUUGGUCCAGUGGGGAGGUCAAUAAGCAGUGACCAGCAGACGGCAGCUCUCGCUUGACGGACCUCCUUAUCUCCUGCUGCUUUAGUCCUCCACGUGUCCCUUCACUGACCUGGCACCUUCAAAUAAAAGCACAGAAUGCGGUUUACGUCAUAUAGCGCCUUUCUACGUCCAACAGAGACCCAAGGGGCUUUAUCAACCAGAGGGUCCCCUGGGGUACCGCGUAUGGUCAGAUGGCCGGUGACAGUGCAGACCGGCUGAGGACACUUUCUAUUUGGUCCUGUGAACUCUGUGUGUGCGUGAAAGACGUCUCAUGGUGGACGCCAGCUGAUCCCGUUUUGUUUCGUCUCCAGUAUUCCUGCUUUCUUAAAUGCACUUGUUAUUAGCUGUCAUGCGGGCAGGCUGCAGCCUCGGGUUCAAAUUUCAAACUGAAAGGCGCUAUAUACAGUAAAGCACUGGCUUGAUGGCUCUGAAAUGGAAAAUAAAAUUAAAGAAGUAAACAUCAAUGAAUUGGGUGUGAGUGUGAAAGAGUGACCGCACGAGUGAGUGACCAGCU